UUUUAUGAAUUAUGCAAAUUUGAGCAGUUGUUCCCCUCCUCGGAUGAGAAGCUAGAUUCAGGAUAGCCGAGGAGUUUUGUUGUUCUUUAUAAAGUAUAUAUGUUUUUUUUUGUCGUUGCUACUUAAUAUAUCAGACGAGAAUGACUUGUUUUGCUUUGCGUGAUUAGAUGGCGGCGCUGCAUCUCUGAAUUAGGAUGUUAUAGGCCAGGAAGUUAUGAAAAGCCGGUAGUGUUUAAGUGCAGCGAACAGUUUCGCCGGUCGGGGCUGCUCUUUGUCUGACACAGAGAGUAGUCAACGCGUGCUCUUUUGUUUGGGGGUUUGUCAUUGUUUAACUGCAAACGGGCGAGCUUAGCUCUCGUUUAGGCCUCCCGAGGUUGAAAUAUUUGUUUUGAAACAUGCACCACAUGAAGAAAUAUUUCACCGAGGGGCUCAUUCAGUUCACGAUUCUGCUGAGUUUGAUAGGAGUUCGCGUGGAUGUCGACACCUAUUUGAGCGGCUACUUCUCGCCGUUGAUAGAAACAGACGGAGGGCCGAGCUCGGCUUUCAUACAGACCCCGUUUCACCACUACCGGGACACAGCGGCGGGCCAUCAAGUGCAUCCGAAAUGUCCCGAGCUGGACUAUUUUUUCACCAGCCGCAGGCUCUUGAAUGAAGUGCGUGCGCUCGGGUCCCCGGGCCGCUUCCCCACGCGUGUCAGCGCAUGGCUGGUGCACCUGGUGCCUGAUGAUGGCUCGGAUGCAGGUGAGCCACACGACCUGUCAGGGGACCCUGGUGACGAGGAGAUAAAUCCCGAAAAUCACCGGGAAGAGGAUGAUGAGCACAGGGCUGGAGAGGGCUUCGGUCUGUCAGUUUCUCAGGACCUCACUGUUUCCAGGCCUUGCUGUGCAGCUGGGGAACUUUCCAAAGAGGAAACUUUACUAGACCAAGUGAAUGAGGAGGAGGUGAAAGACGAGAGAGAGCAGGAAGAAACCAGCCCCGCUACGCUGAAUCAGCUGACUCAGAGUUUUGCGUUAGAACAGGAGGAUUUGCUGGGAAGUAGUACCCUUCCUCCACCUCUUUCUGGGCUUGAGCUUCCUCCACAAUGGCAUGACUUCCUCUCUGAAUUUGAUGAUUUUGACUCCAUAGUCCCCCAACACAUGUCAGACUUAGAAGCUGAACUUCCUAAUCCCAUCAGCUAUGACGUAAGCCUUCAAGAUGCAAUGGUAACCGGAGGAGAUUCAGCUAAUAGCAGGCCUGCAUCUUCCCGAACACCCCUCUUCCGUCUGGAGUCCACAAACUCUUCUCACUCAGACCCGUCUCAGAGCUCAGCAGGGGCUCUUCCUUCAUUGCUCUUCUCUUUGUCAGGGAACAGCUCUCGUAAUGAAACCUCCCCUUCACAGAUGGGAGGCUAUCUAGAUGAGGCUGUUUUUGACCACAUCAAUAUGUUGGAUUUAGGUAAUCUUGGGACAAUUGACCCUCAGAUGCUGGACGGCAUGCAAGGGGACAUGGACACUCCAUGGCCUGAGGAUUCAGACUCUGGCCUGUCUUUGGAGAGCAGUUCAAGGAGCCCCGCAUCCCCGUCUACAUCAUCUGAUUCAUUUUGUGAGGAUGAAGGUGGAGCUACAGGCUACAGCAGUGAAGUGGAGUCUCUUUCAUCAAAAGGCGGAGCUUGUGCAGCCGCUUACCGUGAUUGGUCACCUGUAAACCUUGUAGAAAACAUCUGGCAUGACCAUUCCUAUUCAACUCCGCAGGCGCAAAAUUCUACACCAUCUAGCUGGUUCACAGCAAUCAAACAGGAAGUGAUGAGCGAAGAUGAGGCUGAACCAGAAGAGGUGAGUCGUGACGAACAUCGGGUGCAGGCAUUGGGUCUUCCAUUUUCAGCUUUUGAGAUUGUCAACAUGCCUGUAGAAAACUUCCUGGAGCUGCUGGACAGCCAGAAUCUGUCAGGAUCAGAAGUCUCGCUCUUGCGCGACGUGCGCAGACGAGGUAAAAACAAGCUUGCCGCGCAGAAUUGCCGCAAGAGGAAGCUCGACGCAAUCCUGACCCUGCAGGGUGAGGUCGAGGGCCUGUCGGUGCAGCGGGAUGCUCUCCUGCGCCAGAGAUCCCACACAGCCAAAGCACUUUCUGCUGCUGCAGAGCGGUUCGAAACGCUCUCGCGGACUGUAUUGGGCCAACUUCGGGAUGAAUAUGGACAUCCUCUGAACCCUGAGCACUACACACUGCACUGCAGUGCUAACGGACGGGUGAUGGUUCAGCCUCGCACAAACACAACAUCACGGACAAUGACAAGUAGCAAGAUGAUGAAAAGAAAGAAGGACAAGAAACCCUAAAGACUUUUUGAGUGUGUGUGUGUG